CCCGCCCUUAAUUACUACUCUAAAAUUGAUAGUUAGCACUAACAAAGUUUCACUGGGAAAGCGGAAGAGAACAUUGUAAUCAUGGAUAGAGAGAACUAAGGGAGCACAGCCCCCCUUGCUUUGGUCUGCAGACCCAGGAGAUCGAGAACUCAGAAAUGGAAACGUGGGCACCUUUCUAGCAGCGAAGUGACUCUUCCUGUUCUGCCGUCUCCAACUGGGAGAAACUUUGUGCCUUCUGGAAAGUUGAGAAAUUGAACUCGAGAGGCCAUGCUUCUGGGAUUUUGCGGGCCCCGCAAUGUUUUCCAGAGCUUUUCAAGGGGGAAGACAAGAGCGACAAAAUGAAAAUGCCAUGUGUGGGGGCGCCCACCCGCGUCCCGCCAGCUGUCCCGCGCGGAGGUACACACUUCCUCCUAGCAUGACUGAGAUCUGAUCAGCAGCCACGAGAAUCUGACUCUUGUGUCUGGCGCUGUAGUGCUGGGGGCCUGGUCACUGCCCACAACUGCAGAGCUACCAUGGCCACUGCAUCCACUUCCACCCCUGUGAUCUCACAGCCCCAGUUCACAGCCAUGAAUGAACCACAGUGCUUCUACAAUGAAUCCAUCGCCUUUUUUUAUAACCGGAGUGGAAAGUAUCUUGCCACAGAAUGGAAUACAGUCAGCAAACUGGUGAUGGGGCUUGGAAUCACCGUCUGUAUCUUCAUCAUGUUGGCCAAUCUCCUGGUCAUGGUGGCAAUCUACGUCAACCGCCGCUUCCAUUUUCCUAUUUAUUACUUAAUGGCUAAUCUGGCUGCUGCGGACUUCUUUGCUGGGUUGGCCUACUUCUACCUAAUGUUCAACACAGGACCUAACACUCGGAGACUGACAGUCAGCACGUGGCUCCUUCGUCAGGGCCUCAUUGACACCAGCCUGACGGCAUCUGUGGCCAAUUUACUGGCUAUUGCAAUUGAGAGGCACAUUACGGUUUUCCGCAUGCAGCUCCACACACGGAUGAGCAACCGGAGGGUGGUGGUGGUGAUUGUGGUCAUCUGGACGAUGGCCAUUGUUAUGGGGGCCAUACCCAGCGUGGGCUGGAAUUGCAUCUGUGAUAUUGAGAAUUGUUCCAACAUGGCGCCCCUCUACAGUGACUCUUACUUAGUUUUCUGGGCCAUUUUCAACUUGGUGACCUUUGUCGUAAUGGUGGUUCUCUAUGCUCAUAUUUUUGGCUAUGUUCGCCAGAGGACUAUGAGAAUGUCUCGGCAUAGCUCUGGACCCCGGCGGAAUCGCGAUACCAUGAUGAGUCUUCUGAAGACGGUGGUCAUUGUGCUUGGUGCCUUUAUCAUCUGCUGGACUCCUGGAUUGGUCUUGUUACUGCUCGACGUGUGCUGUCCACAGUGUGAUGUUCUUGCCUAUGAGAAAUUUUUCCUUCUGCUGGCUGAGUUUAACUCUGCCAUGAACCCCAUCAUCUACUCCUACCGCGACAAGGAGAUGAGCGCCACCUUCAGGCAGAUCCUCUGCUGCCAGCGCAGUGAGAACACCAGCGGCCCCACGGAAGGCUCCGACCGCUCGGCUUCCUCCCUCAACCACACCAUCUUGGCUGGAGUUCACAGCAAUGACCACUCUGUGGUUUAGAAAGGAAACUCAGAUGAGAAGCCAGCCAUCAUGUAUUGAGCGAGGAAGAACCUUCCCCUACCCAAAUGCCAGGCGGUGUAGGGAGAGAGAGAGAGAGAGAGAGAGAGAGAGAGAGAGAAACUCAUGAGAGAGAGAGAGAGAGAGAGAGAGAGAGAGAGAGAGAGAGAGAGAGAGAGAGAGAAAGAAACUCAUGUACUUAAACACUAACCAAUGGCAGUAUUUGUUCCUAGACCCAACAAGACUUGAUAUAUAUUGAAAAUUAGCUUAUGUGACAACCCUCAUGUCGAUCCCCAUUCCUUUUGAAAGUAGAAAGUGGAGACCUUGUAAUGGAAUUUAUACAUAGAUGCUGGAGUGUCAUUUAAAUAGACUGCACUAGCUAGACUUCAAAAGAUUUUGUGUGGUUUGGUGCAAGUCAGAAUAAACUCUGACUAAUUGAAUCCACAUCUUCAUUUACAUACAGGCUUCCCUUUUUUUAUUUUUAAAGGAUACAUUUCAUUUAAUAAACAUGUUUAUGCCUAUCAGCAUGCUUGUGAUGGAUAAGAGUAUAGACUGUUUUUAAACUACCGUAACUUCAUUUUUUUUCCUUAUGUAGGAAAACUGUAAAUUAGAAUUAUUUUUUUUAGAAAGCAUGCAUGUAAUGUAUGUAUGCAAUAUGCCUUACUUAAAAAGAUAAAAGGGUAUUAAUUUUCAAUCUUCUAGGAAACAGGAAAACCUAGAUGUCAAAGCUGGUAUUUGUUUAGGUUAUGAAACAAACAAUACUCUAAUCGCAAUAUUACCUUUUCAUUGAAGUGUUGUAAUACGUAUAAAACAAAAAUGGGAUGUAAGUUUAUUACCAAAAUAAUAAUGUACUCUAAAAAAAUUGUAGCAGAUGAAGCACAGUAUUAUUUUCCCCACAUAUUUAUAAUAUCCAAAUACAUUCUAAUUAUCAGUACAUCAGAGGAAUUUUUCAAUAGCCUGUGUGUUUUUCUGUAUUAUAAAAUAAUACAUAGUCAUUGUAGAAAACUUGAAAAAUACAGAAAUGUAUAAAACAGAAAAAAGAAUUACUGAUAAUAUUACAACCCAAAAGUAACCACCAUUAAUGGCUUCUCCCCCUGUGUAUGCCUAUAUGUAUAUUAUAUACUUUUUUAUAUAAUUGGGAUCAUACUGUAAACAAUUUUAUAACCAUUUUUUUCCACUACAGAAUUGCCACAUUUCCUAUGGCAUUAAAAAUUUUGCAAAAACAUAAUUUUAAUGGCUAUAGAAUAUUCCAUUUAAUGGAUGCAACUCAGUUUAUUUAACCAUUUCCAUAUUGUUGACUACUUAGGUUAUAUCUAAUUUUCAUUAUUAUAAAUGAUGUUGCAAAAAUUGUGUGUACAUAAAACUUUGUCCAUAUAAUUGAUUAUUUACCUAGGGCGUGUUCCCAUGAAGGAUUUUUUUUUUUAAUGUGAAAUGUCUUUUUAUGCUCGUACCUUUUAUAAAAAGGGAUUUCCUGCUUUGCACCUCAUGGGUGACAAUUGUGAGGAAAGCCAGUUAAAUUACCUUUUUACAAAGGAAAUGCAGUCGUUAGUUUAGAGUGACUUUUUUAUAUAAUAAAAAACAGCCAACUGUCACAAAUAACUAGAAUACCCUAAUUAAUGCCUAGCAAUUUCAGAUUUUGUUUGAGGGACCGAUUAUUCAGCUCUUGAUAGCCACAACUGUAAUGCAGAAAUCAAGAAAAUGCAAAGAAAUCAAACGUGCCAAGUGAAUAAAGGAUCUUUAUCCUAACGAGUUGGGGCCCUUCUGUAGCAAAUUGAGUGUCAGUCUCUGACUGGAUACUGUGUAUUCUCUCAGAAUCAGUGCAGAUAGACUGCUGCCAUAUUAGGUGAGACCUGUUUAAUUCAUUGUCUAGGUAAACUAGUAAUUGCACCAGUUUGUUGUAACAAGUAACCAAUAAAGUCACAGUCAUGAAGCAGGUAUGGGAAAGUCAGGAGUAUGUUUAAGAGAAAGAUGUCCAGAUGAAGAGGGGUUAUCUAGGAAGGAGAAAGUCAGUGCAUGGUCACUAUUUAAGCAGAGGGCAGAUUUGUGAAGUGCCCAAUGUGAAAAAAAUAUUGGGAGCCAGUUAACAGAAAGGCGUUCAUAUACUGUAUACAAAAUACAGAGCAUUUUAUACUGAAAGUGAAAGAAAUGAGCUUGGACUUUUACUCAUGCACAUGUAUUCUGAAGGAGAUAUGAACAUUUGAAAUUAAAAGCAUACUAAUUGGACCUUAAUAAAUCAUUCUCAAUCAGUGUUUGGUAACGUGUGGUUCUGAUCGGUGCUGUUUCUCUGGUUCAGGUCUUCUAGUUUUCAUUGCAUGGUGCCUUUUUUCAACCUGAAUAAUAAGUCUUUCCAGUGUCCAAGAAGAGAUGGUGGUUUAUGUUGCGUGAAAAGAGGUAUGACGUCUUAGGACAGUACUUCAAGAGUAUAAGUGAUAAGAGUACGUUUCUUUCGGAGAAACUCUUUGAUUUUAUAAAGCCUUUACCACCAAGUGAGCUUUACCUGAUCCGAAACCCUUAGUAGGAUGGGGUUUCGUUUGUGUGUUCAGAUGGGCCUGGAUUUAGGCACCUGAUAGAAGAAAUGUGUGUGACGAGGAGCCAGAAUGGGUCAUUAGUUUUCCAAAGGAGGGACCAUUCAUUCCUUAACAUUCACCUGUCCCUUGUAUAGUCUACAUAUAACACUCUCUAAUUCUUUUGUUAAAUUCGUAAUGCAAAUAUUCACAGAUUAAUUACUAAUAAUAUGUUUCAUGAUGUGGUAUAUAAAGACCAUUUUAAAACCUAAAAGCAGAAAUAGGCAAACUAAGACCCACUGGCCAGGUCUACCUGUUUUUGUAUGAACUAUAAGCUAAGGAUGGAUUUAACAUGUUUAAAUGGUUGGGGAAAAGAAUAUUUUGUGGUGCAUGAAAAUUAUAUGAAAUUCAAAUUCCAGAAUCCAUAAAGUUUUAUUGGAACACAGCCACACUCACUAGGUUAUGUAUUGCUUAUGGCUGUUUUUGUAGUACAACAGCAGAAUCGGUUAGUUGCAAUCGGAUAGUUGACUGUCCCUCAAAGUCUAAAAUAUUUACUGUCUGACCCUUUACAGAAAAAGUGUGCCAACUCUUGAUUUAGAGAAUUUCGUUUCAAUCAUGCUAUCCUCGUUUGAUUAUAUAUUCACUGGAAGAGGAAAGAGAAAUUGGGCACACUGUGAUCUCUUGAGCUCCAGACAGCAGAGAAAAUGAUCACAAUUGCAUUUUUUAUAAUAAACAUUUUUAUUUUGAAACAAUCUCAAACUUACAGAAAACUUUUCUGAAUUUACAGAACAUUUUUCCUGAACCAUUUAUAAGUCGCCAACAUGAUGCCCCAUCAACCUUGUAAUUUUACAGCCAAGGAUGUUGUCUUUCAUCACCUCAAUGCAAUGAUCAAAAUUAGGAAAUUAACAUUGAUACAUAAACUACCAUUUAAUUCACAGACCCCAUUCAAAUGUAACCAAUUUCAAUAAUGUUUCUUAUAGCAAAAGAAUCCAGUCUAGGAUCCCCAGUUGUAUUUAGUUGUCAUAUCUCUUAAGUCUUUAUCAAUCUUGAACAGCCCCUCAGUCUUUUCUGACCUUUGUGACCUUAACGUUUUAAGAUCAGAUAUUUCAUAGAAUGUCCCUCAGUUUGGGCUUGUCUGAUAUCUUUUCAUGAUUAGAAUCACUUUUUUAAUCUUUACCAAAAUAACAGAAGUGCUGCUGUGGUUUUUCUCACUGCAUCCUAUCAAGGAGCACAUGAGGUUGAUUUGUUCCACUAUCAUUGUUGUGAAUUCCAGUUACUUGAUUAAGGUGAUUCUGCCAGGUUUCUUCACUGUGAAAAAAAAAAAUGACUUUUUUUUUCCUUUGUAAUAUAGGAAAUAUUCUGUUCACCAUUAAAUUUGACAUCUAGUCUUAGCAUCCAUUGAUAUUUCUUGGAUGAAUUAAUCAUUAACUCUGAUGGUUGCCAAAUGAAUUUCGAAUUCUGCGUUCUCUUUAAAAUGUAUUGGGAACCUGAAAACCAAGGUCAAGGCAUUUGAAUAAUACCAUGUUUUAUCAAUGUUAGUUUGUGUUUUCUGAGUGUGUUUUGUUUAACUUAUUUUGGUGUGCUUUUGGAAGAUUUUUAAUAUUAUAGGUUGAAUUUGAAAUGUGAUCUACAGCUUACAGAAGACAUUCAUAUAAUUUGCAUUUUGAUCUUUGCAAUGACCCUGUUAUACAUGAGGAAACUGUUUCAGAGGAAAAGUUUUGGGCCUAAUCUUUGUUGUUUAUAGAGUUAUUUGAACCUAAUUACCCAUUCUUUAUAUUGUAAUCCAUAAUUCAUCAUAGAUAUUUAUUUGUGUUGGUUCCCCAAACAAAUUAUGAGCUCCUUCAGAGGUAUGAUGCAUUACAAUUUAAAAAAUCCUUUAAACUCACUUACCACAGUAAAAGUAAUAGAAGAUAACAUGAGGUCAUGAGCAGAUGCAUGAAUUGUUCUCUGUGAUGCUAAUUUUGUUUCAGGUAUGCCUGUAUCCCAUGCUACACUAUACAUUCUUUAAGAAUUAAAUAGUCUUGUACUUUCCACCUCCUUUUUCUGAUCAAAAUGACUAGAACAAAACUAAAAAUAUGGUAGCAUUUUAAAUGGUUCCCAACUGAGAACUACUAUAAGAUCAUAGUUAGGUGUUAUAAUUGUUAUUACUAUCACUUAUUCUUAAAUUUCUUCGCAAGUACUUUUUGAGAGCCCUCUACAUUCUAGGUCCUUAGGAUACUGCUGUGAAUGAGAUAUGCAAGAUCUUAAAGGGAGCAUAUAUUUUAGUAGGAGUGAGGGAGAAAAUGUGGAGAAAUAAAUAAUAAAAGUAAAAUUACAAAUUGUAUUGAGUUAUGAAGGAUACUAUGACAUGACAUGGAGAUAAAAGAAAAAUAAAAGGGAUGGAGAAGUCAGGGAGAGUAACUACCUUUGAAAGGAUAAUCUAGGAAGGCCCCAUUUUAGGACAGAAACUGUCCUGACUUUGGGCCUGAAUUGCACAAAGGUGUGUCUUGGUCAAGCUCUUGAACUUGCACUCACUCUGGUAAUCAGUGCACAUCAAAACAACCCAUUAGUAAAAUGGGCACACAUCUAGCAUAGGUAGAUAGGAAUUCCAGGCAAGAUUUGUAAAUGCUUAGUGAGAGAAUGCAUGCCGUUUUGGAAAGAAGGUCAAUUAUAGACUGUGAGAAUGAGGCUUGAAAGGCAGGCAGGCAGGCAUGAUCUCUUGAGUGAUUUUGAAUUCAUUUUAUCCUGAGAAUUAUGGGGGAUACAUUAAAGGAUGUAAAUAAAGUAGAUUACACUUCCGAAUAAAUUGAAGAGAAGGAAGCCUAAAGAAAAACGACAAGAUCAGACGCUGUCAUAUUCACUGAGAUGAAAGAUGAAUGUGGUAAUGGAGGUGUAGAGGAGGUGGAUGGAGUCAACAGGUGUUUGGGACCUAGUGAUUGUGUGGAUAAGGUCAUAACCCAGGUUAUAACCUUGGCCACUGGAUGGAUGGGGUGUGAUAUGGCAAGAUAAGGAACAUAGUUUGAGGAGCAAGUUUACAGGAAAAAGAUAAUGAGUAAAGCUUCAAAUACCUAUGAGCCAUUGAAGGAAAACUUGGCAGUUGGGGCGUGGCUGUGUGAUACCUGAAGCUCAGGCUACAUCUCUGGACUAAAGAACUAGAAUUUGGAGUCUGAUUUCUUCUGCUGUUAUCCUGCCACAUUCCUCCUUAAAACAGGAGACACAGAGCCUUUGAUCUGUUUGAACAGGAAGAAAGAAAAGGAAGGAAACAAAUAAAAGAGCAGAACUUAAUAUCUGAAACUAUCAUCCAGAAACAUGUGGAGACAUUUUUUUUAACAAAAUAAGUCAUUAUGUAUAACAUAUUUGGGCUUUUUUUUAUUGAGAAUACAUUACAGAGAUAUAGCCAAGUUUGAUAAAUAUGUAUCUGUGUAGUUGAGGCAGAGAUAUUUAGAGUUUAUUAAUAUCUUCUUUUCUUUUUUCUGGGCUCUUGGAAAACUAUAGUCCUGUUAGGCAGGUUCAUGUGACUAGUUAUGGUCAGUGGACUGGGAGUGGAUAUGACAAGUGUUAUUUCUAGGCUGAGGAAGUAAAAAGCUGCUGUGCUACUCUCCAGAUCUUUUUUCCCCUGAAUGCCAAGCACAGAGAUGUGAAUGUGAAGAAAAUGAAGUCCCCAUCAGCCCAGGACCUUGAAUCACUAUAUGGUGCAAAAUCCCUGCCAACUGAUUGUAUAGCAUGUAUAGCAUGAUCUGAUUGUAUAGCAUGAUCAAAAAAUAAACAUUUGCUGUGUCUAUGGUGA